CCUGAUGAUCCGACGAUAGCUGCUCGCAUCUCAGCUUGUCUAUAUAUAUUUUCUGCAGGGAUGCUGCAGCGUCUGCAGCUGGACUCUCAGCCGGACGACUUGAGCUUCAUCGGCUGUAUAGCAAAGACGAUGUUCAGAGAUGACACCACUAACUGGGGCCGGGUCGUGAGUCUGGUGGCCUUCGGAGCUGUGGUGUGCUCACAGCUGAAGGAGCUGCAGAGGGAGCGGUGCGUGGAGACGGUGGCCCAGCUGAUCUCCUCUUAUCUGAUCUCAGAACAGCACGACUGGCUGCUCAAUAACAAGGGCUGGCAUGGGUUCGUGGCGUUCUUCCGCGUGGAGGACAUGGAGUCUGUGGUUCGCAGCGCUCUGAUGGCUGUUGUGGGAUGUGCUGGGAUCGGCGCCGGUCUCGCUCUCCUGAUCCGAUGAGUCUCCAUCACCCCAUCGCUCUCGUGUCCGCCGCAGAUGAAGCGCGCAUUAGCGUGUGGUUAGGAGUCGAAUUCCUGCUGCGCUCCGCUGGACUCGGCUUUGAGCGCAACGUGCGCUCUCACCAUCCCAGCAUGCACUGCACCAAAGAUUGGGCUCGACGUGAGCCAGUGGCGAGCAGGAGUAUAUUUUCUGAUCUAUUUUUCUAAUAAAGUGUUGAGAAAUGCA